AGCCCUAGACCGGGUGUUCCCGGGUCAGCGGAGUUUCCUGCUGAGCCGCUCCAACUUUGCGGGUUCCGGUAAAUUGGGGGGUCAUUGGUUGGGUGACAACGCGGCCUCCUGGAACCAUCUACGCUGGGCAAUCCCCGCCAUCCUCGAGUUCGGCCUCUUCGGAAUCCCCUACGUCGGAGCCGACAUUUGCGGUUUCAUGGAUGACACAACAGAGGAGCUCUGCCGGCGCUGGAUGCAGGUGGGGGCCUUUUACCCCUUCGCCAGGAAUCACAACAACAUCGACACCACGCCCCAGGACCCGGCGUUUUUCGGGGCCGAUUCUUUGCUGGUGAAUUCCUCGCGCCGCUACCUCAACAUCCGCUACCAACUCCUGCCCUACCUCUACUCCCUCUUCUACCGCGCCCACACCCGCGGGGACACCGUGGCCAGGCCCCUCCUGCACGAGUUCUUCUCGGAGGAGGCCACGUGGGACGUGGACGAGCAGUUCCUGUGGGGUCCUGCCCUGCUCAUCACCCCCGUCCUGCAGCCGGGUGUGGAGGUGAUCUCAGCCUACAUUCCCGACGCCGUCUGGUACGAGUACGAGUCG